AUGGGGAAACAAUGCCAGGGUCUCUCUCUUCCUGACUCCAUUGAACUAGAAAUACCAGGUGAACGAGUGCUUUGUUUCCAUGGACCUCUCCUUUAUGAAGCAAAGUGUGUAAAGGUUGCCAUAAAGGACAAGCAAGUGAAAUACUUUAUCCAUUACAGCGGUUGGAAUAAAAACUGGGAUGAAUGGGUACCAGAAAGCAGAGUGCUCAAAUACGUGGAUACCAAUCUGCAGAAACAAAAAGAACUUCAAAAGGCCAAUCAGGAACAAUAUGCAGAGGGGAAGAUGAGAGGUGCUGCUCCAGGCAAGAAGACUUCUGGUCUGCAGCAGAAAAAUGUUGAAGUAUUUUUCAGACGAGAUGGAGCGCAUACUGUUUGCUGUUUGGAGACCCCUACAAUAUCGACGCGGAAAACAAAAAAGAACAAACAGAAAACUCCAGGAAUUGGAGAAGGGAGCAGUACCAGUGAGACUCCUCAGCCUCCUAGGAAGAAGAGGGCUCGAGUAGACCCAACGGUUGAAAGUGAAGAAACAUUUAUGAACAGAGUUGAAGUAAAGGUGAAAAUCCCAGAAGAGCUGAAACCAUGGCUGGUAGAUGACUGGGACUUGAUCACCAGGCAAAAGCAGCUCUUCUAUCUUCCUGCCAAGAAGAAUGUUGACUCCAUUUUAGAGGAUUAUGCAAACUACAAAAAAUCACGAGGAAAUACUGAUAACAAGGAGUAUGCAGUCAAUGAAGUCGUGGCUGGAAUUAAGGAAUACUUCAAUGUCAUGCUGGGAACUCAACUACUGUACAAGUUUGAGAGGCCCCAAUAUGCUGAAAUUUUAGCAGAUCACCCAGAUGCUCCGAUGUCCCAAGUCUAUGGUGCCCCACACCUGCUGAGGUUAUUUGUGCGAAUUGGAGCUAUGCUUGCUUACACUCCUCUGGAUGAGAAGAGUCUGGCUUUGCUCUUAAACUAUUUGCAUGACUUCUUAAAGUAUUUAGCAAAGAAUUCCUCCGCAUUGUUUAGCGCCAGUGACUAUGAAGUAGCCCCUCCUGAGUAUCAUCGGAAAGCAGUAUAAUACUGUGCUGCUUUGCAGCGAAGUGAUAAUUGGAUCCUUGUAAUACUGUCCACUUCUACAUCUUGUUCUUCACCUUCCUAUUGCACAUCUCUCUUGCACAAAUUAUGUAAACGUAAAGUGAAUAAAGUUGUGUGUUUAAAAUGGAACUGGCAUUUGUAAGUUCUGAAGAUUUUCUUGUCCCCAAAUGGAAGCUUGGAGUUUAAUGGGAACUCUUUGGUGUUUCUGGCUUGCUACUGUUGUUUGCAUCAGUGGAACGUACAAAGAAUGCGUUACGAGGUCUCAUUGUACGCACUCUUCCGUGCUCGUGGGUCUGUCGUGCCAUUAAGAUUUGCUUUGCUGACCCGCUGUAUUGCGUAGUAACGACAAACGCAGGCGCUCAGACCCGUCGGGGCUGUGGUCACCUAGUGUUGGUGCUAUCGAUUAGUCUGACUUUCAAACCCAUUUGCGUUCUUGGUGUUGGAAGUAAAAUGUUUGGUUCAUAAAUGUAUGUUUUUAUUUAGAUAGUGGAAGGACUGUGACAUUUUUAUAUUCUAACAAUAGG